UCCUCCGUCGCCAUGGUGCCAGUUGUUUCCGGUGGCCGUGCGUGACAGCCCGGCGGAGAGUCGAGUCGGGGGGCAACAUGACAAGUGACACGCAACCCCCGGGAAGAUGCGAGUGGUUGGCAAAGUGGGGAAGAAGCACGAAGGCGGCGACGCUGCUCUUUUACGGCUUCGCUUUGGGGCUCGUCGCUCUCGGCGUGAGAGAGGUGCUAACUGGCUUUGAGGAGAACCGAUGCAGUAUGACCUACAUGUUCCAAUACCCCGAGUACUUGCGUGUGCCGUUGCCUCGUCGCGUGACCCGGCAGUACCCGGCGUACAGGCUCUAUCUGUACGGGGAAGGCGCGUACACUCAGGAGUCCCGCGAGCUGCAGCUCUUUGGGGCCCCCGUCAUCUUCCUGCACGGAAACUCCGGAAGCUACAAGCAAGCGCGCUCUCUGGGUUCGGUGGCCUUGAGGAAGGCGGAGAAUGCGGAAGGCGGUCUCCAUUUCAACGUGUUUGCCGUGGACUUCAACGAGGAGCUGGUGGCCCUCUACGGCGGCAGUUUGCAGCGGCAGACGCACUUCCUCCACGAGAGCAUCAAGGCCAUUCUCAAACUUUACAAGCACCUGAAGACGCCCCCCAAGAGCGUGCUGCUCGUGGGCCACUCUAUGGGCGGUCUGCUCGCCCGGGCGCUCUUCACGCUGCCCAACUUCGACACGGCUCUGGUCCAUCUCAUCAUCACCCAGGCCACCCCUCACUUGGCCCCGGUGCUGGUUUUGGACCAUUACCUGCGGGAUUUCUAUUCGGCACUGAGGAGAAAGUGGGCGGAGCAGGCGGACGGGCUCAAGAACGUGACGGUGGUGUCCGUUGGCGGCGGACACCGCGAUUUCCAAGUGCGCUCGGGUCUCACCUCCAUACCUUGCUCUCCGGGAGACCCUACAAAGUUGUCAUUGGUGGCCACUGCAGUUCCGAGGACGUGGGUUUCCACUGACCACCUAUCCAUCGUGUGGUGCAAAGAGCUCGUUCUCGCCACGGUCAGAGCUUUCUACGACCUCAUCGAUCCCAAAACGAGACAAUUCACAGACAACCUGGCUAAGAAGAGCGCUGUGCUCAAACACCAUUUUAUGAGACACUCUGCCCAAAUGUUGGGAGACACUCAAGAAGCCGCUGUUUCCCCGCAAGAUGCCGAGGAGGCUUGGAGCGAAGUGAACACUCUGCGUCUGGCAUAUCGCACGCCAAAGGAAGCCGAGGUCAAAUACUUUGUGUUCGCCCUCUCCAGUCGCAGGAAGGCCUACAGCCAUUUCUACUGUCGGAGCAGCAACUGGGACACGAGCAGCUGGGUGUACGGCUGCGUGCGGCAGAACGCUUCUUUGUGUGAGCAUGCGGUGGAUUUGUCCAAGGCAACGGAGCUUCUUCCCGCGUACAAGGUGCUGACGCUGAGCCUCGGCGACUUGUCGCCGUUCACUCAUCUGAUGGUGUCAGCCUCCAACCCCACCGGCAAACAGUUCACGCUGGAGUGCGAGUGGCAGCGGCGAGAAUCGUCGCUUCUGUCACUUCCUGUCCCGCACGUUUUAUCCUUCGGUUUGACACUCAGCGAAGUCACCGUGAGCUCCAGUGGACUUUUCCACAGCGUCAAGCUGCAACACUUUCACGAGGUCUAUCAGGCUUUCAGGAUUAACGUCGCAAGUGAGUGUAAGCGAGACAAUGUCUUUCGAUUGCCAAGUGUCUACAGAAUCAAGGUGCCGUGGUUCCUUGAAGAUGUUUUAACAAGCGCCAGUGCCCCGUCGGUGACGGAAAUCUCGGCGAUGCUCCACACGAAUCGUCCUGACAACGAGUCCAGUGUCCACCUUCAGCUCCACACUGCCCCCAACUGCCAGUAUAAGGUGUCGGUGAGGACGUCUUUACCCAAGGUGUUGGGACAGAUCCUGCGCUUCUUCAUCCCCAUGGUGCCGGUGUACACCACCGUAACUCUCCUGCUGGCCUGCGGCGCGCAACUGUCCAACAUCUGCAAGUCGCGCCGAGCUGUGUCCAUGAGCCUGGCGCUCCGCAGUGGCCUGCAACCCCAUAAAGUCAACUUGUCCGUUUACAUCCUCCACAUCUUCUUCAGUUGUAGUUGGUUGAAAAACACCUGGACGCUGCUGUGCCUUCCCAUGAUGGACGUGGCCCCGCCCAUCUUUCCCGACACGCUCCUGGGCGACGGCACGGUGCCGUGCGCCGAGUGGCCGUACCUCCUGCACCCGCUCCUGUACGUCAUCGGCGCAGCCGUGGCCUACUGGGGCACCGUGCUGCUCCGACUCAGCACGCGGCUUCUGUCGUUGCUCUUAGCUCUGCUGCACAGAUCGUCCGUCUCAAGACAUUGCGGCACUCUGCGCCUCCCCGCUCAGCUCAUCGUCAUGGUACUUCUGACCAUUUUGGGCUGGAACACCUGUGGAGCAAUUUCAAUCAUGGCUGCCUUUGGCCUUCACCUGUACAGGGUACUGAGACUACAGAUGACAGAAAGAUCCUUGCGUCACAUACUCAAUCUGGCCCCUCAGAGGCACAGAAAACAUUCCGGAACAGAGUCCAGGGAAUGCGAGAGGGCGCCGCUGCUGUCAGAGUGUGUUUUGCGGGAAAUCCGUGAUGACCUGCAGCUCCACCUGUGUCUGUCGGCGCUCUUCACCGUCCCCGUGGUCCUCAGCGCACCCUCGCUCGUCUACUGGAGCCGUAACCUGAGCUACUCCACCCAUUUGAAUCAGGACCCUUAUUGGCCGUACUUUGUCCCCCUGUGCGGCAUCUACUUGAGGCUCGUCAACUGCGACAGUCAGAGGCUCACCGACAGUAAACUGCUGCCCCUGAUGUCAUUUCUCCUGUUGCCCGUGUCCAUCGCAAUGGUGAUCUUCUGCCCAUUCCAUCUAUACAGAGUGACGUACUUCCUGUUGGGAGCCCUGGCCCCCCUGGCGUUAUGUUGUCUCUGACGGUAGUUGCUGUUGUUGUUUGGGGCUUUCUUUUUUUCUUUUCCAACAAGCCUCGCCACUCAAAGGUCUUUUUUGUGAACACUCGGUGGAGCAGAGCCAUAGAUAUACACAUGACUCGGCGAACCACACUGGCGCCUUGACGAACGAGCGGUUGAAUUGCCAAAGACGGCCGGGCUGGCGAAAGUUGCGCUGAUGUCGCGGCCGUCGUAAGCCUUUAAGCAAUGGCGGCGGCGCACACAAACGCUGCAGCAACACGUAUAGCGGUGGGGCCGGAGCCCGAUCCCCAGUGAAUAGCGAAGGUCCUCUGAAAAACGUCUGAAUCUUACUGUGCCUUACUGAGCUCAGAUGAGACUUUUCUUGGUGCCAGUAUUUCUAAGCAGUAUACUGCCCUCUAGUGGAAAAGGAGCAGUACAGCGUCAAUGGGCGUGGAAGCGUCAAAUGAACAUUUGACAUUCUCCGUCAUUUAACGAUGCUGUUUGAAGUGCAAUUUUUCUCAUCACAAAAAAAGCUGGAGCAGAUUAACGGAGCGGAACGUCGAAAAAGGGUUUGAGAUUUGCCACUCGUAUCACGAGUCAAGCCUGCACAAAGUGCUGCCAAAAAAAAAAAACGGCUUGCCAAGUUUGCCUUCCGCUGUGCGUCUAUAGCUCUGCCCCACGUAACACUUGGGAUGUCGACAGGGCUCGGACCCUGUGAAUGUUUUUAUGAUUUUUAAUUUAUGGCAUGAUACUGUUCACUGUGCAUAAAGUCCUACACUGCCUUUACCGACGGACUGUUGAAGCUCAGCCGCAUCUCCUGCCAGUCGUCACGCAUUCCAGCCAGCCAACGCAGUACACGAAGAACACAAUGGGAAGCCCUCAUGUCCUCCUUAACCUCUCCUCGUCUUCUCUUUUUCAAUGUCCUCUCUCCCUUCCUACGUUGACUUGUCCUCCUCCUCCUCUCCUCCCCUCCAGUUGCUCAUUCCCAUUGAAUCCAAAGGACAUAAUGAAGGCAAAAGUUGACUUUUGAAUGUGACUUGUUGCCCCUCCCGUCCAAUGCAAAACGACACAGCCAAUGGUUUUUGCACAGUGGCGAGCUGUCUGUCCCCUUCUCAAUUGCGGGGGAAAAGCUUUUAAGUUGAGCAGUGAUCAAUUGACCUCAGUCUGUGUGGACACCAGAUGCCUUCACACGAGCUGGCUUUGGUAGCCUGCCUCACAAAUCCCUGCCGCAUCAUUUGAUCGGCAAGCUUCACAUAUAUAUGGAGCAAGUCGCUGUCCAUUUUACUGCCCGCUAACGCUAAGCUUGUCCGAGCUUGAACUCGUGUGCCUCGCUCCACCUUCCCUCCCUCCCGCUCAGCAACGGCGCAAACGCUGUUCAAGAAUGCAAAAGUGAUGUUUGCAAAACCGUGGCCAUGUGUCAGGCGGGCGGGCGGGCUAAGCAUACAGCGCUGACCUUAACACUUGAUGAGCCGAGCGCGUGGAAUCAUCAUUUCAUUUCAAGUGCCUCUUUGGAAACAAAUAACAGCCCCCCCGUGUGGUCCUUUGGAAAGGCAGAAAGUGGGACUCAUUUGCUGGAUUUUGUUGACAAUUUGUAAUAACCAAUAGCAAAAGCUGUGUGAUGACGUGCCAACUUUUGUGCUUUUGGUAUCUGUUGAGUGUCUACGUGGAACGUGUCCAGCGAUUUUUAUCCGAUGUACUCCUAAUGGUAUUUAGAACAACAAGGCCUUCUUCGGAUCUGACGAUAUCCGAUUUUCAAAUCUGCCACUUGAUGAUACAAACUGGAAAGUGUGAGGCCGAUACGCGUGGUAACGCAACGCAGUAUUUUUGCGCUAUCGUGUCAACGUGAUUUGUCAGCACACUUUAGUAUUGUGGAUCAAAUGUAAAACUUUCACUCCAAAUGAAUCACGUGGACAAAACCCUUUAAGAACGGUCCUCUGUAAUGACUUGAAACUGAUGAGUAAUAAAUAAAAACUAAAAAAAGAA